UGGGCAUAGCGCCAAAUUUCUCUCAGAUUUUCUUGAAUCUUGAAUGUUCAAAGGAUCACUAAUGUAGAGGUGGAAGGGGCUUAAGGGAUCAGUCUAGUCCCUCUUGGAAGACCUUGAAUGGGGACUUUGAAUGAUGAAUAAAAUUUAAAAGAGAAGGGAGGAUAUUCUAGCUGGAAAGAAGAACACAUUGAAAGGUUGGGAGAUGGGAUCAAGCAAUUGUGUAUGAAUCCAAAGCUGAAGGAUUUUAGAGAUCAUCUUGUCUACUUCUCUAUCACCUCCCUCUUUCUCUCACCCCCCAUAGAUCAAUUCUUUUUACCACAUCCGUGACAAGUAUCAUCCAGUUCCUGCUCUCAUAUAUACAUUGAUGGAAAACUCAUUACCUUAUGAAGUAGCCCUUUCCAUUUUACUGACUGUUAGGAAGCCUUAGUUUUCAGUUUUCUCCCAAUUUCUAUCCUAGUUCUUUCUUCUAUAAUGGAGCAGAUUUUUUUUUUUAUCAUCGUCAUCAUCAUCCUUAUCAUCAUCAUCAUCAUCAUCAUCAUCACUGAGAAUUCACAUUUAUCUUGCACUUGAUGUUUUGCAAAGCCCUUUUUUUCAUAAAAACUACAUGAGGCUGGAAGUAUAAAUAUUAUUAUCACUAUUUGAUAGAAGAUGAAACUGACUUUGAAAAUCUAGUGAAUUGUCCUUGAACAAUCUGCUCUCAAGUGUCCAAGCCAGGACUAAACCUCAGGUAUUCUGACUCCCAAUUUGAAGGUCUUUCCAUGUGACAGCCCUUUAGAUAGAGAGCCAAGAGAGCUGCCCUAUGACUGCUCUUCAGGCUAUGCAUCUCCAAUUCCUUCAUUGAACCUACCUUUAUAUAACAUGAUUUCAACUUUCAGCUUUCCUUACCACCCUCUAUUACAUUCCAAUUUGUCACUUUGUCCCUUCUAACUUUUGUACCAAACACGACAUGUCCCAUAUGGUUUGUUGAUCUUGCCAGUGGUACUGUCAGCUUGUAUAUAUUCUAGAUCUUGUAUUCUAGGUCUAUUAAUAAAAUCUAAAUAUCACUGAUUGUAGCUAAACAUGUAAAAGACAAUAUUAAAAUAGUUUGGGUGCCUGUAAUUGUUUGAAUGUGCCCUGUAUUCGGUUAAGACAGAAGACUUUGAGGUGUUCUCUUCACAAAUAACAGAUUGGAACUGAAUCUGGAACUCCAUGUAGCUUUUAGGGCCUCCCAUCCCUUUAUCACCCUUGUGCUUCCCUGUAUGUUCUUUAGACCCUGGCACAGGAGCAUCCAGCAUGGCGUGCCCUCAUCACAGAUGGUACUGCGCCCUCUGAGCAAAGCAGAAUUAAAUUACCCCAAAGGAAAUGUGAGAUGUACAAAGUUAGAAAUUACACCCCAAAUGUUCACAGAGACUAUUUGUGUCUGACCUGUGGUAGAUAAUUCUGAGCUUGUAUUGCUCUGAUUGGCUACCAGCGGACACAAUGCAACUGGACUCUAAGAUAGUGAUGUCAUUUUGGUUCUCUUUGAGAACAAAGGAAAACCAACCAAUGUUCUUUGGAUUAAAUCACAGGAGAUUGGUCUUGUCUCUGUGCAUCUUGAAAGGGCUUUUUUGAUGGGGAAAGAGGAAGAAGAGGAAGGAGUGCUAUGCUUCCGAGGAGUUUCCACUGCUCAUUCUCUAGAUUGUAUGAAUGGGCUGGAACAUAAUCUUUGGUGGUUAUCAUCACUCUGGAAAUAGCUUCUGAUGACUUCAGGCCCCAAGCUUGGGUGUGUUGCGAAAAUCAAUGAACUAAUAUUGAUAAAAUUGGAGCCCCAUGGAUGAAAGGUACUUUAUGGUCACAUCUUUAGAUCCUGAAGGGAGAGAUGCAGCACGUUCUCUCAGGAGUCCAAAUGCAGCAACAGAUUUUGCCUCCAAGCAAUCUGACCUACUCAUUGCUGGAUCAUCCUCCACGUCCCACCCCUUAACUUGUGCUGCUCUUGUUGGUGAAGACCAGCCUCUUUGCCCAGAUCUCCCAGAACUUGACCUCUCUGAGCUAGACGUGAAUGACUUGGAUGCAGACGGCUUCCUAGGUGGACUCAAAUGGUGUAGUGACCAAUCAGAAAUCAUUUCCAAUCAGUACAGCAAUGAAUCUUCAAAUAUAUUUGAGAAGAUAGAUGAAGAGAAUGAAGCUAACUUGCUAGCAGUUCUCACAGAAACAUUGGACAGUCUCCCUGUGGAUGAGGAUGGAUUGCCCUCAUUUGAUGCACUGACAGAUGGAGAUGUGACCAAUGACAAUGAUGCUAGCCCUUCGCCUAUGCCCGACGGCACCCCUCCAACUCAGGAGGCAGAAGAGCCGUCUCUACUUAAGAAGCUCUUACUGGCUCCAGCCAACACUCAGCUAAGUUAUAAUGAAUGCAGUGGUCUCAGUACUCAGAAUCAUGCAAAUACUAAUCAUAGGAUCAGGACAAACCCUGCGGUUGUUAAGACCGAGAAUUCAUGGAGCAAUAAAGCGAAGAGCAUUUGUCAACAGCAGAAGCCACAAAGGCGUCCCUGCUCAGAGCUUCUCAAGUAUCUGACUACAAAUGAUGACCCUCCUCAGACCAAACCAACAGAGAGCAGGAACAGCAACAAAGACAAAUGCCCUUCCAAAAAGAAGCCCCAUCUCCAGUCUCAGCCGCAUCAUUUGCAAGCCAAACCAACAAGUUUAUCACUUCCUUUGACACCCGAGUCACCAAAUGAUCCCAAGGGUUCCCCAUUUGAGAACAAGACUAUUGAAAGAACCUUAAGUGUGGAACUCUCUGGAACUGCAGGCCUAACUCCACCUACGACUCCUCCUCAUAAAGCUAAUCAAGAUAAUCCUUUUAGGACUUCUCCAAAGCAGAAGUCAUCCUGUAAAACCAGUGUGCCACCUUCAAAGAAACCCCGCUAUAGCGAAUCUUCGGGUACCCAAGUAAAUAACCCCAUUAAGAAAGGUCCGGAACAAUCGGAGCUGUACGCUCAGCUCAGCAAGACUUCAGUACUAUCCAGCGGACACGAGGAGAGAAAGGCGAAACGGCCUAGUUUACGGCUAUUUGGCGACCAUGACUACUGUCAGUCAAUUAAUGCAAAAACUGAAAUCCGCAUUAAUUUAUCGCAGGAGCUCCAGGACUCUAGACAACUAGACUUUAAAGAUGCCUCCCCUGGAUGUCAGGGGCAGACUCAUUCUUCCACAGAUUCAGACCAGUGCUACACAAGAGAGACUUUUCAGGCAAGCAAGCAGGGUUCCCCAUGCGGCCACAGAAAACAGCUCCAAGACCAGGAAAUCCGGGCUGAGCUGAACAAGCACUUUGGUCAUCCCAGUCAAGCUGUUUUUGAUGAUGAAGCAGACAAGACCAGUGAACUGAGGAACAGUGAUUUUAGUAACGAACAAUUCUCCAAACUACCUAUGUUUAUAAAUUCAGGACUAGCUAUGGAUGGUCUGUUUGAUGACAGUGAAGAUGAAAGUGAUAAACUUAGUUACCCUUGGGAUGGGACACAAUCCUAUUCAUUGUUUGAUAUAUCACCUUCUUGCUCUUCUUUUAAUUCUCCAUGUAGAGAUUCAGUGUCUCCACCCAAAUCCUUAUUUUCUCAAAGAUCCCAAAGGAUACACUCUAGAUCAAGGUCCUUUUCUCGACACAGGUCAUGUUCCCGAUCUCCAUAUUCCAGGUCAAGAUCAAGGUCACCAGGCAGCAGAUCUUCUUCAAGAUCUUGUUACUACUAUGAGUCCAGCCACUGCAGACACCGGGGACACCGCAGUUCUCCUUUAUACGCAAGGUCACGCUCCAGAUCGCCCUACGGUCGUAGGCCCAGGUAUGACAGCUAUGAAGAAUAUCAGCACGAAAAGCUGAAGAGGGAAGAGUACCGCAAAGAGUAUGAGAAACGGGAGUCUGAAAGGGCCAAGCAAAGAGAGAGGCAAAGGCAGAAGGCAAUUGAAGAGCGUCGUGUGAUUUAUGUUGGAAAAAUCAGGGCUGACAUCACCCGGACAGAACUAAGGGACCGUUUUGAAGUUUUUGGUGAAAUUGAGGAGUGCACAGUAAAUCUGCGGGAUGAUGGAGACAGCUAUGGUUUCAUCACCUACCGCUAUACUUGUGAUGCUUUUGCUGCUCUUGAAAAUGGAUACACUUUGCGCAGGUCGAAUGAACCCGACUUUGAGCUGUACUUUUGUGGACGCAAGCAAUAUUUCAAGUCUAACUAUGCAGACCUAGAUUCACACUCGGAUGAUUUUGACCCUGCUUCCACCAAGAGCAAAUAUGAUUCUCUGGAUUUUGAUAGUUUACUGAAAGAGGCCCAGAGAAGUCUCCGCAGGUAACAAGCCCAGAGGCUGAGGAUAAUGGAGGGAUGGUGAAUACCUCACAGGACAUCACGUCCUUCAAUACGGACUCUUGAAAGUCAUACUAAGGAGUUUAUCCUACUUUACACUCUCUGUACAAAAAUUAAAAAAACAAAACAAAAAAACAAAAAAAAGGUUUACAUGAACACGGCUGCUCAUGAGGGAAGAGGCCAAAGGGACAUCCAGUAAGCACAUGUUUAUCCAUGGGGGUUAGCUUUGCUUUCCUGGGAUGACAGUGGAGGUGGUUGUGGUGUUGUGUGUGUGUGUGUGUGUGUGUGUGUGUGUGUGUAUUGUAUGUGUGUGAGCACGCAAACAUGCGUGUGUAUGUGUAUAUCUUUGUGUUUGGGGGGGAUGAGGGUUCAAGCAAUGACUGGAGAGAGUGCAAAUGCAAACCAUUUGAAGCGACAGCAGUUCCAUAGAGAGACACUUAAAACCUAGAACUUCAAAAUGUCCGUGCUGUGUCAAAAAAGGAAAACUAAAAGGAAAAAAGCAAAUACACCACACAUCACCCUCUGCUGACCAUGGGUGAUACCUGGGCUGCAGCUGCUGAGCUCUUGUUUUUUAGAAAGAGAAAAUACAAGCAAACCCAGCCUUCUCUGGUGUUGUAAUGAUGAGGUGACAAUCCUGAAGAAGCAACGGGUCCCACAGACCUAACAUCCUCUCUCUCUCUCUCUCUUUCUCUCUCUCUCUCUUUUUCUUUUUCUUUUUCCUUGUUGACCUUGGAGCCUGGAUGGAAGCAUAAACAGCGGGCACCGGAAUACUAAACCUCUUAACAUUUUGAAGUUUUCUGUAGUCCAUCCUUUAUCCUGACACCCAUGUAAAUGUCCCAAAUGUGGAUCUUCCACAGCAGAUUUUCAAAGCCUUGUCAAUGGUCACACGUGCAACCUGUCGGCAGUCCUUUCUGAUGAGCGGACACGAUGUUACGUUAUUAACGAGAGUUGGGUAGAACUAUCUGGGAUGUUUUCAGAUAGUGAGUGUAUUUACUACAUUCUCCAAUGUAGUUAAGUAUUUACAGAUGUUCAAUGGAGUAUUUUUAUUUUGUGUACAUACUCUAUGACGAUGUUCUUUUUUUGUUACAGCUAUGCACUGUAAAUGCAGCCUUCUUUUCAAAACUGCUCAAUUUUUCUUAAUCAAGAAUAUUCAAAUGUAAUUAGGAGGUGAAACAAUUAUUGUACACUAACAUAUUUAGAAAGCUGAACUUAUGCUUAUAUAUAUUUGAUUGUAAAAAAAAAAAAUAAAAGACAGUGUGUGUGUUUGUUGAGUGCAAAACAAAAAAAGAAAAAAAAAUACAAACCGUUGCUUUAUGCACAUCCAUCCCUUCUUUGGUGAGCUUUGAUCUAAGCUUCUUGUCAAGGAAAAUCCUAGCCCCCCAAAAAGGUAUUCACCACUUCUGCGAUUUUUUCACCACUUCUGCGAUUUUUCCCCACAUUUUCUUGUCGCUUGUUUUUCUUUGAAGUUUUAUACACUGGAUUUGUUAGGGGGAUGAAAUUUUCUCAUCUAAAAAUUUUUCUAGAAGAGAUCAUGAUUUUAUGUAAAGUCUCUCAAUGGAUAAUCAUUAAGAAAUGUUUUUAUUUUCUGUAUCAACAGUAGUUUUGAAACUAGAGGUCAAGGAUCUUUUUAAAAUGCCGUUUUGUUUUAUUUUUUCGUGAUUUUAAUUUGAUACAAAAUGCUGAGGUAAUAAUUAUAGUAUGAUUUUUACAAUAAUUAAUAUGUGUGUAUGAAAUCUAUCUUUGAAGCCAGUAUCUCUCUUCAUUGGCAGAGUUCAAGAAUGGUAUUUAUCUAUAUUUUUUACAGUUAUGCAUCCUGUAUAAAUACAGAUAUUUCAUUCCUUUGUUUACUAAAGAGACAUAUUUAUCAGUUGCAGAUAGCAUAUUUAUUAUAAAUUAUGAGGUGGCAAAAAUAAGAAAGCCAGUGGAAAAUGUAAUACCCAGGAUGCAUGACACUUCAGGUUCGAAUUUUAAGCACUUCAUUUGGGAAAUUCAGCUUCUGCAGAAGCAAUGUUUCUACUUGCACUAGCAUGGCCUCCCAAUGUGACCAUGACAUUGUUCUUGAUGACAUUGCUUCUUCGAAAUUAAAUGGAAACUUCCGAAAACCUCCAUCUUGAGCAUCCGGAUUUCAUCUUGAGUGUGGAGUCCCUAGAGCUGAAUCACUAAAGUCUGGAGAAUGUAUUCGAGUUUAUAAAUUGAUAUUCGAUUACUGUUUGGCAUUCAUGACUUCGUUUUUAAAAAUACGGUAUACCUCCCUACUUAAUCUUUCUGUUCUCUCCCCCUCCCCCAAUGCAAUCUUAUAAAACUGAUUUCACCCCCAGGCUAAUGCAGCAGAUUUUGAUAGCUGCAUUCAUUUAUCACCAGCAGAUUGUGUUCUGAGAGAUUCCACUGUCUGUCCUGUCGGAUGCUUGCUUGACUUUCUGGCUUCUUAUUUCUAAGUAGAUAGAAAGCAAUAAAAAUAAAAAAAAAAUUAAAAAAAAAUAAAAACUUGUUCACUGGUUCUGCGUUACAACAGUAACACCUUUAUCCGCCUAAUUCUUAUUGUUCUGUAGGUUAAAAUGCAGGUAUUUUAACUCUGUGUGAACGCCAAACUAAAGUUUACAGUUUUUCUUUUUGAAUUUUGAGUAUCUUCUGUUGUAGAAUACUGAUAAAAAAGACUAUUAAAAGCAAUAAAUUAUUUUUAAGAAAUCAAUAUUUAGUAUAUCAUAUUAUGUGUUCAAGGACCACCAGAUGCAUUACCUAUUUUGCCUUUAAAUUUUUGUGAUCCAGUUUUAAGUACAUUUUCUCUUUUGCCCUGAAUUGCUGACAUAAAUAUUUUUUUUUUUUUAUUUAUUAAAAGAUAGCAACACAGACCUUAUGUCAUGGUUUAAUUUUUUUCCCCCCACUGGCCUGAUGAAUAUUCUUUCCAUGAAGCUAGCUUUCCUCCAUGGACUUCAAAUUGCCUAUAAAAUUAGCGCAAAGAAAGGAUCACUAAACCAUCUUAAUAGUGCUUUUUAUAUCUUAAGCAGACACUGUGGGUAGCCCAUCGAAAAUGUAAACUAUGUUCCCUUUAUUUUUAAGAGAACAUUUCAAACGAACACAUGCACCACAUCAUUAUUGGAGGCCCAUUUCAGCAUAGAUGUAUAUGUCUUUUAGAUGAACGGUGUGCUCUUGCUUUCAUGCUGUGGUAAGUAUCACAUCUGCAAUAUUGGUAACUAAACUGGUGCUUUAUACGUGUGGGCCUUUUAAAGAGUCCUAGCAGAGUAAUUCCAAACUAACACAAACUGAGACUCCAAAAUAAGGCAUCUUCAAAUCGAGGGGUCAGGGGAGGGGGAAAUCGAUCUAUGCUAAAUGAGUGAGAACAACAGCCGGGCUAUCAACACCCAAGACAGAAUGGAGAGGAGAGAGUGCUCUACUAGAGCAUGAUGGUUGGGUCAGUUGAAAAAAAAAAAAAAAAAAAAA